UAUAUAGUUGUCAGUUACACACGACAGCAAGAAUACCCUGAAGAAUACUGACAGAAUGCACACAAGAGUCUUGCACCAGAGUCUAUGGGCUUUAUUGCUGUGGCCCCAUCUUUUCGCUGUAAGCGCCCCGCUAGACUGCAGAGAUGAUCCGGCCAGUCUCGCCCGCUGUCCCUCCAUCUCUCAGGAGAAACUUCUCGACCGAGUCAUCCAUCACGCCGAGCUCAUCUACCGUGUCUCUGAAGAAUCCUGCUCCUUAUUUGAAGAGAUGUUCAUCCCGCUGCCUUUGAGGCUCCAGACUAACCAGGGCGGUUAUGCCUGCAUCACCAAAUCAUUACCCAUCCCCAGCUCUAAAAGUGAAAUCCAGCAGCUCUCUGACAAAUGGCUGCUGCAUUCUGUGCUGCUGCUCGUCCAGUCUUGGAUCGAACCUUUGGUUUACCUGCAGAUGACACUGGAUCGCUACGACCACGCUCCUGACAUGCUGCUCAACAAGACCAAGUGGGUGUCUGAGAAGCUGAUCAGUCUGGAGCAAGGCGUGGUUGUGCUCAUGAAGAAGCAGAUGUUGGAUGAAGGGACGAUGACCACGGCAUACUCCGAACAAGGCGCCUUCCAGUACGACGUCCAGCUGGACAUCCUGGAAUCCAUAAUGAGGGAUUAUACCUUACUCACCUGCUUCAAGAAAGACGCCCAUAAGAUGGAGACUUUCCUAAAGCUGCUCAAAUGCCGCCAAACUGACAAAUACAACUGUGCAUAAAACAUAAACUGCAGCUUUUAAAUAAUAAAUUCCUUGGCUUUCAAAGAA